CCCAAAGAUGGCCGACGUGAGAAUGGGGUUACGAGUUGUUCUCCAGUAUUGCUGCGCUAUUGUCAUUUCCCCGUAGUCGGAUACGGCCUACGUUGAUUACAACGCAAUCGGAUUGUUAAAUGAUGCUUUUCAAUGGUUUGAUUUCAUUUUCAGUUUAUUUUGUCCCUUACAUUCGUGGAUAUGACGAUACUGUUUAGGAGAUUUGUGUGCAAUAAAAUUUUUAUUCUGAAUCAAAUUUCAACAAGAAAUCUGACUACAUCGGAGGCGUCCACUAUUCUGAGGCCUUUUUAUUUUGCUGUGCAUCCUGAUUUGUUUGGACAAUACCCCAAGGAGAGAAAUGUGAAUGAAACAUCCUUGAAACAGCUGAAUUCAUAUCUAGACUCUCUUCAGGGAGAAACAUAUCCUGAACCGCUGACUCUGACCUUUUAUCUUAGACACAACACUGCCAAGGAAUCCUUACAUACAGCGGCCAUCAACCAUUUACACCCAGUCACAUUUACUGUGAAAUCUCACAAUGUGCGUUCAACCGUCAAACAUAUCCUAAAGUCAUGUAUGAUUUCAACGGAUCGGCUAGAGUCGAUACCCGUCAAGAGAAGGGGUGGAUCAUUUCCGAGGCCGAUAAGAUGGGAUCCUACGUACUAUACAUAUACCGGCAAAACGGCACCCUCCAGUGACAGGAUUUAUCAACAAGCAAAACCUAAACCUCAGACUUUAAGAUACUGGAUGCAGACGAAUAUAAGCAAAGCACGUCAGAAAUUAGAAGAUAAUAAACCCCUUGAAAGAGAGAUCAAAGAAGUUCGUGAAUUUCUAUGUAAGCAAUAUGGAAUACGAAAUAUAAGUUGGCACAGUGGAUGGGGGUUAUCAGCAUACAGGGCGUGUCUCAACAGUUUGUGUAGAUUAACUGAACAACAUGCAGCAGAAUUGAAUGUCCUGAGAGGUCGCUCUGUCGUAUUCAGUAGCAAUACAGGUAUUGACAGAAAUGGUAGUAUUGUGUUAAGCAACAUGGAUGUCCCACAUCAUUGGCUUAUGUUACUUGGAUCAGUGGACAAAUAUGAAGCAGUGUUAGAUGAACUUCCUGUACUAGAGAGGGCGCUCUCCACACAACUUGGAGACAUUCAGAUAAUUCGACGCGAGAAUAUACGCAUAUUGCUGGCAGAGGCAUAUCAUAAUCUGUUGUCUCGAAUGUUACGUUCUGUUGUUAAUUAUUAUCGGAUGAAAAACCACAUGUAUAUUUCGGAGUACAGCGGGUCAUAUUAUGGUGAUGUGAGUGAAGGACCUGACCGACCAAAGCAAGGAGCUUUGCGAGACUGUGAAAUACUUGUGGAAAAUGAUGCAGGUGAUGUAAGACUUCUAUCAACCGGUCAGUUUCUUGUACCAGCUACCUACCCACCUGUCUUGUUGCUGGAGUAUAUACUUGAUAAACAAGACGAAACUAAGUAUCGAAAACAGGAAUAUCUCAGGUAUAGUAAAUUAAUGGAAGAUAUAAUGAGGCAUUGUCAGAAUGAUCUUGAACUUGAUUCACUGACAAAAGACAAUGCAGUGACUCCCGAAGAAAUGAUGAUGUGUUGUCAGAGACUUCUUGACCAUCCCUACGAGGCGGGCAUCAGCUUACAAGGACUCAAACUCAAAAUAUCAAAAUUCUAUUCAGUUUCAGAAGAUGGGGAAAUGUGUAUUCCCUGGGACUGGAAAAUGUAAUGAGUAAUUACUAUUUAUGGCUAAAUUUACGCUAACUUAAGGAGAUCAUGGAAAUGGGCUUACCUAGCUAUGUUACUUAAUUCGCAAUGGUUUAUUUUUCACAUGCACUAUGGUGUCUCUAUA